CCAUUCCUACCAGUUUUUAUACCCACACCACACUCCCCUCCCCACCUCUCUCCCUCUCUCUCUCCUUCGCUUCCCUCUCCUCCGCUCGCCGCUUCUCCCGGGGACAGCACCAGCCCUAGCGGAGCGGAGCCGUAUCCCAGCCCGGCGCGCGCCCGUUGCGCCGCGGUCGGUCCUUGUCACCUGCCAGAUCCAGACCCGGUGCCAGACCGCCGGGAUCCUCCGCGACGGUGGCGCUGUGGGGCAAGUGCCUGGACGCCGCCACUCCCUGAUCGGGGCUGCCUACUCGCGUGAUUCGAGCACUGUUUCCCGCUGGAAAAGAAAUCUGGAUUCAAAGCCAUCUCGAUGUGAUGAACUGCGCCUAGCAACCUACUUUGCCAGGUAGAGCGAGCUCAUGAAUUUGCAUCACAUGGAUGGAUUCUCAGCAUUUUGAGUUUGGGUGAUCAAAUCAGCAUCAUAUAGAUUUCUUUUGCUCGGCCGACAUGGGAGCUAAUUGCUGUAUUGCUGCAAAGCAGAGGCCUCAGCCAUGUAUCAUUCCAGUUGAAGUGUCAGCUUACAGGAAUGUAAGACACUCCCCAUCAUGGAGCUUCCGAUGGGAUAACAGAACACAUAUAGAAGACAUAAUGGAAAUCCCCACAUUUUUGUCCAACCAUAGUAGUGGAAGCAUUAGGCCUGAAACAAAGAGUGGUUCCAUUGCGCCAACUGAAGGCUUUUCUAAUGGCGGUAGCCCUUCUGAACUGUUCCACAAGGUCAAGUGGCAGAAAUCAGAAAAGAAGAUGGAAACAUCUAAAGUUGCACAAUCUGAUCCUAGAGAUAGACCCACUGCAAGUAACUCCUCCCCCGAGGCAAAGCUUUGUAGGAAAUCACUAGACAUGGUAAGUGUUGCUUCAGAUACGAAGGCAUCAACCUCUGUCCCUUCAACACCACCUGUAGUAUCCAGAGCAGAUCCUUCAUCCUCUAGGGGGCAUUCUCUAGGGAUUGAUACAGACUCAAUGAGGAAAGCACGUCGCUCACCAGGAUAUCAACUAUAUAGACAGGUCUCAGACAGCAAGAUUCCAUCUCUCAGGUCUCUCAAUGAGAGCAACUCUCCUGAAGGAAGGCCUUCCCCCUCCAUGCUCUCAGUCUGCAGCAAUGAUUUAUCUGUAGCAGGAUCACAUGGAGAGUCAUCUGAUGGUUGGUCAAUGCGAACAUUUUCUGAAAUGGUUGCAUCAUCCCAAAGAGAGAGAUGGUCAAUUGAUAGUGAGCUCUUAGGUUCCGUUUCAAGUAAAAUGACUCGAUCAAAUGCUUCAAAUCGUACUACCGUCUCCCCUGACCAAGAGGUGUGCAAACUAUGUUUAAAGCCACUAAAGGAAAGGUCAGCGUGGAAUGCCCAGGAUCUGGGUGUUGUCGCUGUUUUAUUGUGUGGCCAUGUUUACCAUGCUGACUGCCUGGAUAGCUUAACUGCAGAAGCUGAGAAAUAUGAUCCUCCUUGUCCCGUAUGCACCCACGGUGAACAAUGUACUGUGAAGCUAUUCGGUAAGCUGGAAUCAAAGAUAAAGAACAAGAUACCUACAAAUGUGAUACUCGAUGGUGAUCUAGAUGGGAGCUCUAAGCAUCAAAAGAAAAGUAAGAGAGUUCCCAGAUUAGGCACAAGGAUCAGUAUGAAGGACUCAUUCAGUCGGCCAUUUUUGAGGAGGCAUUUCUCAAUUGGCUCCCGGCCACCCCGGUUAGUUUCAGAGAGCGAGUCAACAAGGAAGAAGGGCUUCUGGGCGAGGCACUGGAGAGAAUAGCAUAGUACUCAGUCAUCACACAGGAGGGUUCUUGAAGAGGAAGUGAACUCCCAAGCAUAUCAUGUGGGUUUUGUAGUCGUACUAGAAGUAUGGGUUCAAGAUUCGGGGAGAAUCCCAAGCAAAUCAUGUGAAAGAUAUUUGCUGUCGGGCAACCAUCGUACUAGAAGUUCCUCCCACUCGUCAUGUUCAGAGUUGGGAACUCGGAGUGCUGUCAUCGGUUUCCAGGAUAGAAGAAUAAUAACAGUUUCUAUACUAUGCAACUGAGGGUUCUUGCAGACCCCGUCGCAGCUUAUUAGCAAGUAACCUAACAGAGAAGGGGAUGGCCUUCAGGCUGAAGGUAGGAUCCAGCAUGGUAGAUUGUUAUGUUUGCAGUUUUUCUUCUUCGUAUUAUUGGUUAUGCGCACCAGCGAUUGUUUGAUCUGAUACAUAAUUUGGGAACUAUCGUACAUAGCUGAUGCUAUUUGUUUGAUUAAAAUGCAUCACCGAAGGCGUCGAUGGAUUUAUGGGGAUUAUGUUUACAAGGAAUAUGUCUUUCUCUUCGUCCAGAA